CAACAGCACUGAAAAGCCUUGCUCCCAUCCGCUGCGGCGAUACACAAUUUUUUCGCGUGUUUCGAUCUCAGAUUGUCGAAGAAACCGAAAUGGAGUACGAAGGAAUUCUCCUGGGGAUGGGCAAUCCGCUUCUGGAUAUCUCUGCUACGGUAGAUCCGGAGUUUUUGAGCAAGUAUGGUCUUAAAUCGAACGAUGCAAUUCUUGCGGAGGAAAAGCACUUGCCUAUGUAUGAAGAGAUGAUAUCAAAGGGGAAUGUGGAGUACAGUGCUGGAGGGGCUACUCAAAAUUCAAUCAGGGUUGCCCAGUGGAUGCUACAAAUUCCUGGGGCCACUGCUUACAUAGGGUCCAUUGGGAAGGACAAAUAUGGGGAGGAAAUGAAAAAAAAUGCAACCGCAGCUGGUGUUAAGGUUCACUAUCAUGAGGAUGAGAAGCCAACCGGUACUUGUGCUGUAUGUCUUGUUGGUGACGAAAGGUCACUUGUUGCUAAUCUAUCAGCUGCAAAUUGCUACAAAAUCGAUCAUUUGAAGAAGCCAGAAAACUGGGCUUUAGUGGAAAAGGCUAAAUACAUCUAUAGUGCUGGAUUUUUCCUCACGGUUUCCCCCGAAUCUGUUUUGCUCGUCGCCGAGCAUGCGGCUGCUAAAAACAAGAUUUUCGCCACAAACCUUUCUGCUCCAUUCAUUUGUGAGUUCUUCAAGGAUGUACAAGACAAAGUCAUACCGUAUGCUGAUUAUGUGUUUGGAAAUGAAACUGAAGCAAGAACCUUCUCCAAAGUCCAUGGCUGGGAGACGGAUAAUGUUGAAGAGAUCGCCCUGAAAAUAUCUCAGUUGCCAAAGGCAUCUGAAUCACGCAAAAGAAUUACUGUCAUCACACAGGGUGCGGACCCUGUUGUGGUUGCUGAAGACGGGAAGGUGAGAUUGCUGCCGAUCAUUCCGCUCCCAAAGGAGAAAAUCAUUGACACCAACGGUGCAGGGGACGCAUUUGUGGGGGGAUUUUUGUCGCAGAUGGUUCUAGGAAAAGCGAUAGACGAGUGCGUGAGAGCAGGGUGUUACGCAGCCAAUGUGAUCAUCCAGAGGUCUGGUUGCACUUACCCGGACAAGCCCAAUUUCAAGUGAGCCCGCCCUCACUUGCCUCCACAAAUAAAUAAUCAAUCAAUCAAUCAAUCUUAUUAUUUCAACUAUAUCUGAAUUAAUAUCUUCCUUCUUUCCAUCCCCACUCUAUUGUUAUAAUUAUCCAUCUAUCUAUCUUAUCAUGUUUUAAUUUGUAUGGUGUUGGGGUUUGAGAAGGGAUGGAUACAUAGAGAUAGAUAUCUCUCUCUAUUUUGUUAUUUUUGCUUAAGUUGCUGAGCUCUUCUAUGGUUUUCAUUAUUAUUAUUUGCUCUCCGGAUUUUGGCUUUUUGAUAUGAACGAUAUGAUAACACUAAUUCUUA